CACGUGGUGCGUUGCGUUGCUGGUCGUUUGAAGUUUUGCGGAAACAUGGCGGGCCUGGAGCUGCUGUCCGACCAGGGAUACCGUUUGGAUGGAAGAAAGGCACCCGAGCUGCGGAAGGUUCAAGCCCGCAUGGGUGUGUUCGCUCAGGCGGACGGCUCCGCUUACCUGGAGCAGGGAAACACCAAAGCCCUGGCUGUGGUGUACGGUCCGCAUGAAAUGCGAGGUUCGCGGAGUCGGACUCUUCACGACCGCGCCGUUAUCAACUGCCAGUACAGCAUGGCCACCUUCAGCACAGCAGAGAGGAAGAGGAGGCCGCACGGAGACCGCAAGUCCACCGAGAUGAGCCUCCACCUUAAGCAGACUUUCGAGGCGGCUGUGUUGACCCAGCUCUACCCGCGGUCUCAAAUAGACAUCUAUGUCAAGAUUCUGCAGUCAGAUGGAGGGAACUACAGCACGUGUGUAAAUGCUGCCACUCUGGCAAUAAUUGACGCCGGCAUCCCGAUGCGUGACUACGUGUGCGCCUGCACCGUGGGGUUUGUGGACGAGACGCCCCUCGCUGACCUUAGCUAUGCAGAGGAAAGUGGAGGAGUGAGCUCUUUGGCCUUGGCGCUGCUUCCCCGCGGAGGACAGAUCGCUCUGCUGCAGAUGGACGCCAAACUGCAUCAGGAUCACCUCGAGACGCUGAUCGAAGCCGCAAUGACUGCUUGUAAAGGAGUGAGCAAGGUCCUGGAUGAGGUUGUGAGGCAACAUCUUCAGGAAAUCUCAGUGCCGAGCGGAGAGUGAUGUGGGACGAAGGAGGGGAACUGUGGACUGUGGUUCUGAGUGCAGCCUGAAAGUGUUUUUGAUGGUGGAGAAUCUUUUUUGUUUUACUUUGCAUUCGUUGCAAUUAUUGUAUACUUUUGUAUAAAUGCGUUGACCCUAACAAUAAAUAUAUGAAUCCUC